CUCUCAAAGGAAUCCCACACAUUUUCCUCCACCCUGCCAAAAAGAUUAAGAACCAAUAAUUUGAAGGGAAUGAUAGAAUCUUUGGUAAAGUAAGUAAUCUUUUAUUUCAUGUUUGGUCUUGAAUGCAGACCAAAUAGAAGUGACUUAUUUUUUGUAUACUGGUGGCCAGUUUUCUAAGAGCCCAGGAACCCCCAAACGUCCCAUAUGUAAUAGGUAAUCCAAUGAGUUUGAAAAGCGAAAGCCAUGUCAAAGUGGGAGCAGAUAAGUGGGAACUGGGGAAAUUACCUGCAGUUGGGGAGCACAGGAAAGAGGGUCACAAGUAGGACAGUGGCUAAACCGCGUGUCCCCACCCCCCGAUCCCCGUUUGCCCUCUGGUCUCCGCGGAGGGCAGCUGGAGCGAAGACAGCACAGGCCAGGGCCCUCGGCUCGGUCAGGAGCGGGGCAAUGACCGCUGCGACACAACUUCUGGCGAAGGUGCCCCGCCCGCGGGCUGGCGCAGGGCGCGCUGGGAACGGGCGGGCGCACGCACACCCCGCCGGGCAGUGUUGCGUCGUACUCUGAUGACAGGCCAGAUACGCCUCUUUUACGUCCCGCUGUCCCUUAGCCCCUCUUCUCUCAGCCUCUUGCUGUUUCGCGCUCGUCGGAGAGCCCGCCUCUUCCCCCGAGCUGACCACCCAGAGGCCUCGGUGCGCUCUGGGUCCGCCUCUUACGGAAGCUGAGGCGGACGGGUGGAAUCCGGAAGAAAAACAAUCGGCAGAGCGUGCGGUGUCCGAGACUUGCCGCCAGAAGGGCUGCUCUGGCCGGGACCAGUCGCGCUAGGGAGACACGAGUCUGCCGGACCACCGCGUGAGGACUAUGGCGGCAGCGAACUCGCGGAAGGCGACCGGGCUGAAAGGCAAGAAGCUCGGCAUACAUGUCAUGACAUGGAAUGUGGCCUCGGCAGCACCCCCUCUAGAUCUCAAAGACCUGCUUCAGUUAAACAACCAGGACUUGGACAUAUAUAUCAUUGGUUUGCAGGAAAUGAACUCUGGGAUCAUAAGCCUCCUUUCUGAUGCUGCCUUCGAAGACCCAUGGAGCAGUUUCUUCAUGAAUGUGCUUUCCCCUCUGAGCUUUAUCAAGGUCUCCCAUGUCCGCAUGCAGGGGAUCCUCUUAUUGUUCUUUGCCAAGUAUCAUCAUUUGCCCUAUAUCCGGAUUCUCUUUACAAACUCUACUCCCACGGGUCUCUUCGGGUACUGGGGGAACAAAGGAGGAGUCAGCAUCAGCCUGAAGCUUUAUGGCUACUAUGUCACCAUUAUCAACUGCCAUCUGCCCCCCCACAUGUCCAACAAUGACAAGCGGCUGGAGCACUUUGACCGGAUCCUGGAGACGCAGAAUUCUGAGGGACAUGGUAUCCCCAACAUCCUGGACCAUGACCUUAUUCUCUGGUUUGGAGAUAUGAACUUUCGGAUCGAGGACUUUGGGUUGCACUUUGUUCAAGAAUGCAUAAAAAAUCGGUGCUACAGUAACCUGUGGGCAAAGGAUCAGCUCAGCAUUGCCAAGAGACACGACGUGUUGCUCCGGGAGUUCCAAGAGGGCCCCCUGCUCUUCCCGCCCACCUACAAGUUUGACAAGAACUCCAACAACUAUGACACCAGUGAGAAAAAACGCAAGCCUGCAUGGACCGACCGCAUCCUGUGGAGAUUGAAGCGGCAUUCCCAGAAUGCCCCCCACACCCCAAGCCUUCCAGCUCCCUGCUUCUCCCUGUCUCUGAAGUUAUACGUCAGCCACAUGAUGUACAGCAUCAGUGACCAUAAGCCUGUCACUGGCACCUUUGACUUGGAGCUGAAGCCAUUGGUGUCUAACCCACCGAUCACCCUGAUGCCUGAGAGCCUGUGGACCAUGGAGAACGACAUGGUGGUCAGCUACUUCUCAGCUCCAGACUUCCCCAGCAGCCCGUGGGACUGGAUUGGACUGUACAAGGUGGGGAUGCGGCACAUUAAUGACUAUGUGUCCUAUGUCUGGGUAGGGGACAACCAGAUCUCCGUCAGUGACAACCUGCACCAGGUACAUCUCCAGCAGGUAUACAUCAACAUCAGCAAUAUCCCUAAGACUGCAGAUCAGUUUCUCCUCUGCUAUUACAGCAACAAUCUGCGUUCUGUGGUGGGGAUAAGCACAUCCUUCCAGAUCCCAUCUCGCUUCUUUUUGAGGGAGGAGCCACUGGGUGAAGCCCAACCCCAGAUCUGAACCAGGAUGGGAGCGAAUCCAGGGCGGAGGCCAGAGCUAGUGGCCAGCUCUGCUUUACCACACUGCCAGGAGUUCUCGGGGCCUAGCCCAGCCCAGCCCAGCCCCCCAAGGAGACAACGAAGUAUUCUCCACAUACUCACCACCUUUAAGCUCUAGCCAGCCUCUUUUGCCCCCUCCAGCACAGAUCUCUGGAAUUGGCUGCUUAAAUACAGGUUUUUCUUGCUAAGACGUAAGUAAAACAAGCUAGUUUGUCAACAGUGAAGACUUAGGAACAAUUCACUGGAUGUUGGAAGGACCCUCCAGCCUGCAUCUCAUUUCUUGAUUCAUUUCUUCUAGUUCUGCCAGGCACAUGCCCCAUCUGGCACAAACCUGCAUUCUUGUCAUGCCAUCCUAGGUCUCAAGCUGCCUGGGAGGGGGGAUGCUUGCAUUUCUACAGGCUCCAUGGACUGGUUGGUGCAAGCAGCGUUGUGUUACAGGAGUCUUGGCAUCUCAUAGCCUGUCCCAAUAAGAGAUAGACAGAGAAUCUGGGGUCCCUGCUUUCAGCAGAAGUAUGACUAAGUGGGUAGAAUGGAGGGGCGCUCCUGCCGGGUUCUUGUGUAGUAGGUGAAUAGGUUGAUGAGAGUCUUCCUAUAGCACAGCCUUCCCUACUACCUGCUGCAUUAAGUCCAGCCAAGGUAGUUCCAGAGCCUGAACAGAGAGAAUUGGAAAGGACCCAGGUUAACUUUCUGCCCACUUAGGAAGGACUGGACAGGUGGUAAAGGAGCUUCAACCACGGUUUUCAGCUUAUCUGCCCCACCCUUGUCAGAACUUUCGCCAGAAAUUGCUUUUCUCUCUGGACCCUCCCAGGACCUAGAAAUGGGGACUGGCAGAACAGAGAGCUGAAUCAAGACGUUUUAGAGGAUCUGGCUCUGGGCAUCUUCAAAGAGUAUUCUCCAGGUACUGUGUGGAAUGGCUUGUCCCCACUCUCACCACUUGCCUCCUACCAAUGGUGAUUCAACAGCCCUUCUCAGGAGAAGCCACCUUGGGGAUCCUGCUCAGUGACUGUCAUGCCAUCCUAUGACCUGAGAUUGAGGGUCACUUCAGUUGUUCUACACUGCAAACUCCACCCAGGGAGCUAUGUGUAUCAAGAACUGUCCUCUGGCUUCUACUGGGCCAUGGCUGUUGAUGUUCUGAGUCUGUUACAUUGGGGGGUAAUAAAAAACAUUGAUUUUACA